AUGACAAUCACCACUUCACUGGACAGUAUUGCUCCAGGUCAAUCCAUUCGCUACGGCGAAACAUUAGUUUCAGCCGCCGGAGCUUUUGAACUGGGAUUCUUCAAUCCUGGAACUUCUGGAAGACUAUAUGUUGGAGUAUGGUACAAGGAUUCUCCUUCAACAGUGGUAUGGGUGGCCAACAGAGAAGCACCACUCAACAAUGCCUCUGGAGUUUUACAAGUCAAUGAUCAAGGACUUCUUGUCCUUCUUGAUGCCACAAAGAGGACUGUUUGGUCCUCUAAUACAUCAAGCAUAUCGAAGAAUCCAAUUGCACAGCUUUUGGACACAGGAAAUCUUGUAGUAAGAAAUGGACAUGGAAAUAACAUGGACAAUCUUCUAUGGCAGAGUUUUGAUUAUCCAUGUGAUACCUUAUUGCCAGGAAUGAAGCUUGGAUGGAACUUGGUAACUGGUGUAGAAUGGUUUUUGUCAUCAUGGAAAAGUGCAGAAGAUCCUGGUCAUGGUGACAACACAAUUAAAAUAGACAUUCAAGGCUAUCCACAAUCAUUUCAACUAAAAGGAAAUACUAUAAAGUACAGAGCAGGACAUUGGAAUGGCCUUACUUUUACAGGAUAUCCAUUUGGAAGGCCUAAUUCUAUAUUUAAUUAUGAAUUUGUUUUCAAUGACAAAGAGUUAUAUUAUGAGGAUGAACUUCUGAAUAGAUCCGUUUUCACUAGAUAUGUCAUCUCCAAUUUAGGUGUUGGGCAGCGUUUUGUUUGGACAAGUCAAACAAGUAGCUGGGAGGUAAUGUCAGUAGCCAUAGCAGAUCAGUGUCAAAAUUAUGCUUUCUGUGGUACAUAUUCAAUCUGCAACAUCUUUAACAUUCCUGUCUGUGCAUGCCUGAAAGGAUUUGUACCAAAACAUCCAGAAGAGUGGAAUGUGUCAUAUUGGUCUAGUGGCUGCAUUAAGAGAAUUCCAUUGGAAUGUAAUAAUAAUGAUGGUUUCCAAAAGUACACGGGUCUGAAGUUGCCAGACACGUCUUCCUCACAGUAUAACAAGACCAUGAACCUUACGGAAUGCCAGAAAUCCUGUCUACUAAACUGUUCCUGUACAGCAUAUGCAAGUUUGGAUAUACGCAACGGAGGGAGUGGAUGCUUACUUUGGUUUGAUGGUUUGCUUGACAUUAUGCAAUUUGCUGAAGGGGGACAAGACCUUUACAUUCGAGUUCCUGCAUCAGAGCUACAUAGUAAAAUUUUGUUUCUUAAAUUCUUCGUCCUUUUCCUUUAUUGCAAGUUUCUUCGUUUUCUGCACAUAUAUCAGUGUGAAGAGUGGAUGAGUUUCUAG